GAGUUGCAAAUGCUGCCGGUACCGUCCAAGGCCGUCGUGGACUUUGUGCAAAAGGCGUCGGCGCCGCGCGUUGCGACCGCCGCGCCGCGAUCGCCCAAUUUGUACCGCGUCAUGGUGCCCCACGAGCCGCCGUCGCCACGCCCGAGCAUGGACACGUCGAUGCUCGCCAAGCUGGCCAAGGUCCAGCUACCCAGCGCAUCGAAAGUAAACAUGUACACGAGCCAGCUGCACCCGGUGCAGACGCCGCGCAUCACUCACUGUCCGUCGAGCCCCCGCACGCGCACGACGCCGCACCCGUCGCCGCGCCAGGACGUCGUGCGAAAAAUGGUUGACGAUCCUGUCUCGUCCAAGCACGCAGCGCUUCGCCUCGAUACGUCGUCGCGCGAGCACUUGGAGAUCAAAGCGUGCAUGCUGGCGCGCAUGUACCACGUCGACAUCCACGCGCUCGAGGCCAAGAUGGCGGCGCUUCGGCGCGACCAGGACGGACGCCGCGCGACGUUGGCGCUCGGCCAAGAGGCGUGUCGGCGGAAAACGCAGUUCCUCCUCGACCACUACUUUUGCACCGACCCCGCUAGCAGCAACAGUGUGCUCUACGACGUUGUGGACGAGUGGGCGCUGCGCCACGAAGCGUCGACGACCGAGAUCGAAUCUUUCUGGGACGCAGUCAACGCCCACAUGGAAGAGUCGUAUGUCCUCAAGGCGACGGCGGUCUCGGACAACCAGCCCAACCGGAUCGCGAUCCUCGUCGCCUUGGACUGCUUAAGCAAACUCGCCGACGCGCUGCCAACACACGGCCGCCUCCUUCGCGUGCUCCAACUUGUGCUCGAGCGAGGGCUCUUCGUGCCAAGCACGUCCAGCGACCGCCACCCGGUGCUGUACUUCGAGCGCGCGCGGCAGCACGAAGCCACGAUCGGACACCACGCGCAGAGCCUCGAGGAGCACGAAGCCUACCAAGCCGCGCCGCCAGGACACAAAAUCGCGCGCAUCAUCGCCGGCGUCAGCGACGACGACGAGAAGCACCGCCUCAUGCUGCACGUCGUGAGCAACCACUUGCCGCAGUCGAAGCUCGGGCUGGCCUACCUGCGCGACGUCGUCCGCAGCUGCGACGGCUUCGACCAAGUCGAGCUCCUGCGUGCGAUGGUCGCGUCGCGCUCGAGCUUUCAAGUGCAGGGCUUUCUGCGCGUCUUGUAUGCGGCCCAGCCGCGUGCGUUCGUGACCUUCCUCGACGAGCACGACACGACGCUCGACGACGCGCUCGACAGCAGCGACUGCGUCCAGCGGCUUCUCGAGCGCCACAGCACCGCCUUUGCCGCGCUCUUCGCACGGACGCCGUCGCUUUUGAGCAGCAUUCUGCGGGCGUGUCCGCAAAACCAAGUGCUCGAGCAGGUCGUGGACCAGCACCGCACCGCGAUCGCCCUGUACCUUGGCCGCAAGCAGGAAGCGCUCCUGUCCGUCUUGAUGCUGGCACUCAAAGACAACGUGCUCGCCCUCGAAGAGUUUCUCGUCAAGACACCGAAAGCCCUACGCGACGUGCUUUUGAACCGACCGACGCUGCUGCCGGGCGUCGUCAAGGCGACGCCAGCGAUCCUCUCGGACGUCCUCGUGACUGCCAAAGUGACCUUUGGAAAGGUCGUAACCGAGUCGCCCGUGCAUUUGACGCACGUGUGCACGACGCACGCGCCGGCCGUGGCCGCGGUGCUGAGCUCGAACGACUGCCUCGGUGCCAUCUUGGCCCACUGCCCCCAGGCGCUGAGCGAGUAUCUGGAGAAGAGCCCCGAGACGCUGGUGGACGUUGCGCACCGGCAGCCGAGGCUGCUGUCGUCGCUCUUCGCAGCCUUUCCCGACCUGCUCGUGGAGCCGCUGGAGGCGAACCCGACGCUCAUCUCGUCGCUCCUCACGACGAACCGACAGCUCAUGCAAGCCAUUCGGUUCGAUGACCUCGACGCGGCGCCCGUUGCGUUCCGAAGAAUGGCCUCGAGCGCGGCGCAGACAGACCUGGCAGUGCCGUCGGCGACAGUCGCGACCGCCAAGCUCAAGAAGCGGCACAACAUACUGAGCAACAUCGUCAAGCGCCGACGGCUCGGGGCUGCCAUGGAGCGAUCGGACGUCCUGCGCGAGAUCGCCAAGCUCUAUGUGCGCAAAAUCCUAUGCGACCAGAUCGACGACAACUCGGGCCUCGACCGCGUCUCGCUCGCAGAGCUCGUCCAGGACUUUUACAUCCAGGAGCUCGGGCUCAAAUCGGCGAGUCAAAAGCGCAUUGGCAGCCUCGUCGCCGGGGUUAAAAAGAUUGAGAAGGACAGCUCGCGCGCCAAGUGGUUUGGGAUCCUUCUUGGCGCGACGCCCGAGCUCUACAACGCACAGGCCAUCGACGUGUACCUGCACACGCUCACGCUGCUCAUGCCAACGCCCGAGAUCGAGACUCGCAUGGGCGACGGGUCGAAACCCACCUACGUGCCGCUGCACGCCGCCAAGGAUCUCGCGCGCAAGAUCUUUCCCCCGCAUACGCCCGUCGCGUUCAUCGGCGACCUCAACGCGCGCGUUGUGGCGCUGCCGUCCAUCUGCGAGCGGCCCGUCAAGAAGCGCAACUCCAAGCCGCGCGUGCUGGACCCGCACCACGUCAUUCUCAAUCUAGACGACGUCAUGGACUGCGUCAUGAGCGUGUGGUACGACUACCAAGCCCACGUCGACAGAAACCUCACGCUGCUGUUCACGCAAGCGGACGAAGACGGCAACGGUGUGCUCGCGUACCAAGGUCUGUGCGUGUGCAGACGAGCCAUCCGCUAG